GUUCUAGUAUGUUUAUACUUAGUUAGUGUUAGAUAAAACCGAGUACCAUAAAGGUAACGGUCCACUUUGAUUGUCUUUAACCUACAAAAUGGUGAAUUUAAUAUUUAGUUUACUAUUUUGUACUACAAGCAGUUUAGGCUACAAAAUAACUGAAGACCACCCUAAAAUAGUAGGUGGUGAAGAUGCAAAUAUUGCGGAUUACCCAUACCAAAUAAGUUUAUGUUACAAGGGCAAACAUUUUUGCGGUGGUACCAUAGUGGGGCCCAGAAAAAUUGUUACGGCAGCCCAUUGUACCGUUGGAUUUCGUGACUCAUCAUUAACAGUAAGGGUGGGUAGUUCCAUCGUCGAUCAUAAUGGCGAAGUGAUUAAGGUCAAAAAAGCAGUUGAGCACCCAAACUAUAAUGAGGACUCGUUCGACUACGAUGUUUCAGUUAUAGUACUGUCGUCAACAAUAUCUCACAAGUAUGCAAAACAAAUCAAAAUGGCCGAAAUAAAUGACACGAUUCAAUAUGGCAGUACCGGUGUAGUUACGGGAUGGGGCACAACAGAAUUUAAUGUAUCUUUACAGCCGGCACAACUUCAAAUGGUGAAGGUACCCAUCAUAUCACAGACAGAAUGUUUUCAAUAUUUUGGCCCCUACGUAACCGAAAAUAUGUUGUGUGCAGGAUCAAAUAGAAAAGAUUCAUGCCAGGGGGACUCAGGCGGUCCUUUGGUCGUUAACAACAGUUUAGUUGGCAUUGUUUCUUGGGGGUAUAAGUGUGGAAUAUUUCCUGGAGUGUACACCAAAGUAUCUAAGAUGAGAACAUUCAUAGAUUCAAUUGAUAAUGGUGUGUAUCAAAGUUACUCAUUAAUAUUAGUUUUAACUUGUUUAAAUGUGUUAUUUUUUUAUCGUUAAUAACGUAUGGUGCAAGAUCUAUUUUUGUUAAUUUUACCUAACUAAAAUCAAAUAAAUAGCAAUUAUUAACAAAUAAUCUUAUAAAUUAGAACACAUUUCUUUCCUCUCUUACUUAAUGUACAAAAUAUUGGUUUCCCUGCAUAGUUUUAAUAAUCUCAAAUCCAAAUUUUUAUCAACUCAAACUCCUUACAAAUGAAUCGUUUACAGAAAAGGUUAGUUAUAAACUUACAAAUUAAUUAUUAUAGUUUUGAUUUACCUAAAAAAUAAUUUUAUACAUAAAAAAAAUAUCAUCUUAUAAAUAUUUCAGUCUAGUGUUGAGUCGUCGUUAUCCAAAUCUAAUGGAUUAAUGUCUGGCGACUUUCGAGGCAUUAGACACAUUUAAUAUGAUUUAGACUAUUACUGUUGCGUAUGCAUAACGUUUCCUUAAUUAUUAAUAUUAAUAUUCAUUUAAAUAAAAACAGUCUAACAAUUAUAAUAAGUAGUUAUUUAGGAUUUAAAUUUACUUAGGAAACAAUAGUGCAAAAAAAUGCAAUUAUCCCCCAGCUUAUAUUAUAAAAUAAUAUUAUAUAUAAAGUAACGACAAAACACACCAUCACACUUCAGUUUCUUGGUUGUGGGUAACGAUGAUUUCAAUAUUUAAUAUACUUGUCCUGACCGCAAGUAUUCUGGUAGUGAAGGGUCAGAAUGCAGAUGUUUCCAAUGGUGGUCAGCCCUACCAAAUAAGCAUACUUACAUCAGAUAUAUCUGACAAGUAUGCUAAGCAAAUCGAAAUGGCAAAAGUUAGAUUCAAAAUCGAUAGCAGAGACUCCGAUGACAGUACCCAAUUGCCCAUUAAUAAUAGUACCGAAAUGCCGAUUACUAAUAUUACCGAAGUGUCCAUUAAUAAUAGUACCGAAGUGCCCAUUGGUAAUAGUACCGAACUGCCUAUUGCUAAUAGUACCGAAGUACCUAUUAAUAAUAGUACCGAAGUGCCCAUUGGUAAUAGUACCGAACUGCCCAUUGCCAACAAUACCGAAGUGCCCAUUGCUAAUAGAACCGAAGUGCCCGUUGCUAAUAGUACCAAACUUCCCAUAAAUAGUACCGAAGCACACAUCGAUAAUAGUACCAAAUUGCCCAUUAGUAGUACCGAAGUUCCUAUUAAGAAUAUGACCGAAGUGUCCACUGCUAAUAGUACCGAAGUGCCCACUGCUAAUAGUACCGAAGUGUCCAUUGACAGUACUACCGAAGUGCCGAAUAAUAGUAAUAACCAUUUGUUUGAACAUUUUAUUAUUUUAUUAUUAACGACUAUAACAAUUAAAUACUAUGUAUGAUGAUGAUGAUGUAUGAUAUUUUACAUGCAGCAUCUACAAACUUUACCAAUUAUUAUAUGUUGUUUAACCCACUUGAAUAAAAUUGUUCCAUGAAA